AUGACUCACCGGGUUAGCUCUAUUAUUGCCACAACCAAAGUUCAAAAGAAAGAAGACCCGAGAGCCUUUACUAUUCCAUGCACUAUCGGGGCGCAUGAUUUUGCAAGAGCCCUUUGUGACAAUGAGGCUAGCAUUAACUUGAUGUCGCUCGUCAUUUACAAGCAAGCGGGAUUAGGGAUUCCAAGGCCAACAAGCAUGAGAUUACAAAUGGCCGAUCGUUCCAUUAAGCGACUGGUAGGAAUUGUUGACAAUGUGAUUGUAAAAGUGGGAGAGUUCCAUUUGCCCGCCGAUUUUGUAAUUCUUGAUUGUGCGAUUGAUAAAGAAAUCCCUAUCAUUUUGGGGAUACCAUUCCUAGCCACGGGAAGAGCCCUCAUGGAUUCGGAGCGGAACGAAAUUAAAAUCUGGGUGAAUGAUGAAGAAGUCACAUUUCAAGUGACCAAGGCUAUGAAACUACCCCAUGAGUAUGAGAGCAUUUCAGUGGUAGAUAUUGUUGAUGAGGUAGAAGAUGCCAUCGAAAUAAAAAUGGAAGAACAAUGCCUUGGUGAGGCAUUGGCGGCUAUUUUGGUAAACUUUGAUGGUGAAGACAUGGAUGGGUACAUGGAGUCGGUAAAUGCAUUGGAGGGUCUUGGAUCCUAUACUUAUACUCCGACAAAGCUUUCUCUUGACUUGGAGAAUAGGGACACACCUCCCGCAAAGCCAUCAAUCAUUGAGCCACCACAACUAGAGCUCAAGCCACUUCCUCCGCACUUAAGGUAUAAAUUUCUUGGCUCUAAUGAUACUUUACCAGUAAUAGUUUCAUCUUUGUUAAAUGAUAUGCAGGUAAACCAAUUGUUGGCAGUCUUGAAAGAGCAUAGGCAAGCCAUUGGAUGGACAAUUACGGACAUCCGUGGGAUCCCCGUGGGAAUAUGUGAACAUUAA